UGUGUGUUUUGCAUGCAUGUUCUUUUAAGGUUUGUAAAACACUAAAACUUGAGUUUGAGAAGAUGGACAUGGAGGAGGGAUUGGUGGUGAGAGGGAGGGUGGAAAUUGAUACACGAAAACCAUUCAAUUCAGUAAAAGAGGCUGUUUCUUUGUUUGGAGAAAAGGUUUUAGUCGGCGAGGUUUACGCCCACAAACUCAAAGAGAUGGAAAGUGUAGAAAGGGAAAACAACCAACAACGAACAAUAGUCGGACUUGGAGAAGUAAAACAAACCUUAGAAAAGGCAAAAGACGAGGCAAAUUUAAUGACUGAUUAUCUUACGUCGCUUAAACAACAACUUGAAGAGACAAAAUCAGAACUCGACCAAUUGAAGUCAACAAGAGGAUCCAAUCCAAAUUAUCAAACACCCAUUAACCCUGAAAUAGAAGAUAUCAAAUUCAUGGAAAACCCAAUACCAACUCCUAUGAAACCGUCGACAAAUGUCAAAAACGAACCACAUGAUGAUCAACAUUUGUUUGAAUCCAAACAAAACAAUUUGGUUAAGUUUGAUGAUUCUCCACCAACCAAAGUGAUUGUUGAAGUGCCAAAAAUGCAAGAGAUAAAUCCUUCCUCCUUCAAGACCAAGAAAGCAAAAAAGAAGACCCUAAUUCCAUUACUUAGUGGGAUUUUCUCCAAAAGAGGGUGAUCAAGAAGAAAGUUGUCAAAUUAAGAUUUUCCACCCAAGUUUGUUACUUCAACU